AUGGAGAAAAUGGCCUCUUUUGGACAGACAGAGUAUUCACACGACGAACAAGAAGCAAUACAAAAUGCACUGAGACAGAAACUAGGACCCGAAUUUAUAAGUCAGCGUGCUGGAGCUGGGGGGCAGAGGCUUGCCUACAUAGAAGGAUGGCGUCUCAUCAACCUUGCCAACGAGCUGUUUGGGUUCAAUGGCUGGUCCCACUCAGUCUCACAACAAACUGUUGACUUUGUUGACCACAGUGGAGGGAGAUACUUCGUAGGAGUCAGUGCUUUUGUCAAAGUGCAGCUGAAGGAUGGUGUGUUCCAUGAAGACAUUGGAUAUGGUGUAAGUGAAGGAAUGAAAUCCAAGGCUCUGUCCCUAGAGAAAGCAAGAAAAGAGGCUGUCACUGAUGGGCUCAAGAGGGCACUCAAGAGUUUUGGGAACUCGAUGGGUAACUGCCUAGCAGACCGAGAUUAUCUAAAGUGUAUCAACAGAGCCCCUAAACCAACAGCUAGAGUAUAUGAUCUAGAAGAAAUGAGGAGGACAGAACAAGACGUGGCAAUAGAACAGGCCAGGAAAUCCUCUAAUAUCAGAAGACUGUCCAAUCACAAGCUAGCUUCUGAUCAGACCAAUCAAAACCUUCCUAGUAAUCUUAAUAUGGUGUCAACAACCAAUCAGACGACAGAUUCCAGAGACACAGGGAUUGGUUCUAGAGACAAUAUAACAGCCACCACAAGUAACUCCUCUAAUGAGAACUUAUCUAAAAACAUCACUUCACGAGAGACAACCAGAGUGUCGACAAACAUGGAGAACAUUCGUGUGACGGGGAGACAGAGUCUGCCCAGUAAGGAGAACAUGAACCCCCAGGAGGUGGUGAUCAAGACAGAGUGGAUCUCAGCAGAGCUGGUGCUUCAGAAAGAGGAGGACCCACCCCCGCAGGAAUUUGUCAGGAGGGGGUCACUGCCUCUCAAUCACGGAGUGGGGACAGGAAUGAACCUUAGACACAAGAGGACCCAGUCCACUCAGAGAGUGGAAAAUGAACCCGUCAGUACAGGUUCUAGUAAGGAUGGUGACAAGGAAGAUCUUAAAGCCAAGCAAGAGAGAUUACAAAGACAACAGCAAAAACAGCAGGAGUUCAAACAGAGGCUAACGGUCAAACAGACGGACAAUACAGCCCUCAAUAUAAUAGGACCUCCUGUGGCAACCUCUACACCAGCCUUUAAUGGACUUGGUCCUCCCAUCCAUGCCUCCAGUCCCAAGGUCAUUCCAAAGUCACGACCCCAGAGCAGUUCAGAACCCUCCCCAAAUCAACCAGAGCUCCUUCCCGAGGAAAACUUUGAGGACACAGACCUUUGGAACAACUCCCUAGACAUAGAGAGCAUAGAUCCAUUUAGUGAUAACACAGCAGUGGAGGGGGGCGGCAAGAAACCACUCAACAGAAGUAAGACCCUCUAUACCUCCGAGUCCAAACCCUCAGGGCGCCCCAACACAAUGACCAAUCACUACCCUGUCACCAAGGCAACCGGUCAGUUACGACAGGUCACAAGUUACACAGGUACAACAGCAGUAAAUGAUAUAGAUGAGUGUGCCCUCCACAGCGGUCAUAUUUGUGGACAGAUCUGCGUGAACACGGUCGGUAGUUACCGCUGUGAGUGUAACUCUGGAUACACGCUACACUCUGAUGGCAGUACCUGUAUUGAGGAUGAACCUAUCGGUUGUGACAGGUAUAACCCAUGCCAGCAGCGGUGUGUCGAGGACGAGAAUGGGGUCAGCUGUGCCUGUAACCAAGGAUACCAACUACUGGCAGACGGCAUCAACUGUCAAGAUAUUGAUGAGUGCACCUCUGGGUCAGCCAAUUGCCCACAGGGACAGGGCUGUUAUAACCAGGAGGGGACGUACAGAUGCUGGCCCUGCCCCCAGGGUCAGGAGGUGGACCCUGUCUCUAAGGCCUGUCGGUCCGUCCCACGGUGCACCACCGGCUACUUCUAUGACAGAGUGGCUGGGUCAUGUGCAGAUGUUGAUGAGUGUGCCACUGAGAGAGACACCUGUCUAUCCUCCCAGAGGUGUGAGAACACGGUGGGAUCAUUUGUCUGUAGGAGGAUCCUGGGGUGUGGGACAGGUUACUCCAUGAUGGAGGAAACUCAAACCUGUAAAGACAUAGAUGAGUGUUUGCUGGGCACACACAACUGUCCCUCUGGUUAUGAUUGUUUUAACAUGGACGGUACGUUCCGAUGUCAGAAGCCCACCUGCCAGAGAGGGCACCGCUUCUCCUCCUCCACCGGCCAGUGUGAGCCCAUACAGUGUCCACGGGGCAGAGAACCAGACUCUAAUGGGAUGUGUGUUGACAUUAAUGAGUGUCAGCAGCCCGGGAUCUGUCCAGCCUCCGCUCGCUGCGUCAACACCUACGGAUCGUACCGCUGUAUACCGAGCACUUCCUGUCCUCAGGGUCAUCAGAUCGAUCCCGUCACUAAGGCCUGUAUAGACAUUGAUGAGUGUGCCAGAGGAGUGCACAACUGUCAGAGUGAUCAGGAGUGUGUUAACACGGCGGGAAGUUUUGGAUGUACCUGUGGGGCGGGGUACAGGAGAGAUUCUCAAGGUCGAUGUGAAGGUCAGCAGGUUUUUCCUUCUUUAUAUACUCUUAUAGGAGGAUCUUGCUCUGUUAUCAAAGAAAUAUGUCUUGCAAUGAAAAGGCUGGCAUUUUAUACCACAACAGGCUGUUUUAACUUCUAUGCUCUGAUCUGUUUUCUUAAAAAUGGCAGCUUUAUGUAAGCUUCAGCCUGAAAA